AUCUCCAAUAUAGUGAUGGCUCUCCAGAGGACCCGUGCAUUACUUCUGCUCUUGCUGCUGAUCCUGCUGGGGCUGGGGCUGGUACAGCCCUCCUAUGGCCAGGAUGGCAUGUACCAACGAUUCCUGCAGCAACAUGUGGACCCUAAUGUGACAGGAGGCAAUGAGAGCUACUGCAACUUGAUGAUGCAAAGGCGGAAUAUGACUUCACCUCAGUGCAAGCCCUUCAACACUUUCAUUCAUGAAGACCUUCAGAGCAAUCAUAGUAUCUGCAGUACCGCCAAUAUUCGGUGCAAGAAUGGCCAGAUGAACUGCCAUCAGGGUGUAAUGAAGGUCACAGAUUGCAAAAAGACAGAAAGUUCCAGGGCUCCCAACUGCAGAUACCGGGCCAAUGCCAGCACCAGACGUGUUGUCAUUGCCUGUGAUGGUAACCCAGCGGUGCCUGUGCACUUUGAUAAAUAGAUGCCACCCAGCAGGGGUUAUGGCCCAGCUGCUGGCCUUUAAUUUACUCCUUAAAUAAAAAUGAGUAAUGCAUUUGAGCUGUCCCAGGCUCCGUCUCCACUGCUUCUUUCUUUCCUUUUUAUUUUUUUUUUGUUCAUUAUAUAACCAAUUCUGUUAAAUACAUUGCAUGAAAGAGAAAGAUGAGACAUAAACUUAUAAUGAAUCUGA